AAAACGACAUACAGUGGUUUAAGUACUCAAUUUAAAUGUCCUGUUUAAAUAUAGAUAUAUUUAUACAGAUUACAUCAGGUUAUUUACCAACGCCUUGUCUCUUAUCUGAUAAAACACAGAUUUGAACGAGAGCAAAAUCUUGUGUUGGCACAUCUUAAUAUGUUUUCCUUGUUAAGAUUUUUUUAGAUGAGUCUCUUCCCCCCCCCCCUUUCAAAAACGAUGCUACGUGCCUGUUUUUAAUCUAACAUAUCGACCAAUCGUUUACAAAAAAGCUACACAACGGUGUAAGUAAAUACCUACUUUAAAUGUCAGUUAACCUACAUUUACCAACGCGUUGUCUCUUAUCUGAUAAAAUACAAACUUCAACGAUAGAAUAAUCAAUACUUAUUCAUUUCCUUCAAUAUUUCAUGAUGACCGGAAGCAAGUUAAUAAAAGAGACUUGAAAUUACUGUGGAAUUAUUAAAAUCUGUGGUGGCUCAAAUUUCGUGGUAUUCGAGGUAAGCUCUUCCCUACGAAUUUACAUCCUCAACAAAAACAAAUUUUGAAAGAGUAAGUUAUCUUAAUGGUACUAAAAACUAACACAUUCACAAAAUUACAUUCCCAGGAAUAAGCAAAACAACCCAGGAUCCACGAAAAUUGAUACCCACGAAUUUAAAUGAUUUCACAGUUAAACUUAGACAGAAAAGUCACUUCAGUGUGAUGUUGUGCAAGUCCAGUACAAAUAAUUUUUUUUACUGAAGAAAAUAAUAAUUUGCUUAUCCGCAUAAAGAGCCCUGAUAAACGUGAUACUCAAAAAUCACAUAUCUCUCUGAAUCAAUUGAUAUGGCACAUGAAACGUAUCUCAUUACCCUCGUAGUUUAUUUGAAAUCAUCGUCAUUUACUUUGAUACUCAUUUUUCAUGGUAGUGUUAUUCGACAAUUUUAAAUAUUAUUCUUAGACAUUUGUUUAGAAAUGUACUUACAUAUGUUCCUUUGAUAAUCUUCUACUCAGUUUAGAUAACCAACGUUUGUUUAUUGCAAUGGAUACGGAGUUAAGUCAUUAUGUCGUUCCUGUUACUUCAACAAGGAAACGGAAAGGAUCUGGUGAAGAUGAAACAGGCGUUAGUCGUAAGAUGAGAUGCUAUCAUGGAGAAAAAAUUAAAGACGAAGAACUAUUUCUUAGUCUUAAGACAAGAAGUUAUCCUGGAGACAAAAUUGUAGAAAAAACAUGCCCUAGUCUUAGAAUAAGAAGCAAUCCUGAAGAUAGCAUCGAUGACGAUAAACCAUGCCCUAGUCGAAAGAUGAGAUGUCAUUCUCGAGAGAGGAGUAAUGAUAGAACAGAAAAACAUAAUUUCAAUAUUAGAGGCUAUCCUGGAGACAGCAUUGAUGACGAUGAACCAUGCUCUAGUCGAAAGAUGAGAUGCCAUUAUCGAGAGAGAAGUAAAGGUAGAAGAGAAGAUUUCAAUAUAAGAAACUAUCAUGGAGACAAAUUUGAUCACGAUGAAACAUGUCCUAGUCGAGAGAUGAGAUGCCAUGCUCGAGACAGAAGAAAAAGUAGACCAGACAUACAUAAGUUAGAUGAAGACUUCGAAUAUGAACUCUCAUGCUACGAUAAUGAAACAAAACCAUCCAAUGAAAACACAAGCGUUCAAGGCAAUGCAAAAUUCGCUUUAUACAAAGAUUUUACUGUAUCAGCGGGUUCUGCAUUAACCUCUUGUAAUAUCAAAUCGACGAUUUCAGCUGAUGUGGAAAAAAUGGUCAGUGAAGGAGAUGGCAAAGUAUUAGCUAAAAAGGAAGCAGCAAAAGUAGACGAAAGUCCCCAACAAGCGGAAUAUGUAUAUAGGUUACUACGUGACGACGAACUUUACAAGGAAGGCCUUCGUCCGAAAAUCAUAGAAUCAAAAGCAAGCCUUCAUCAGCAUGUCGCAGGUGGGAGUAAAGGCUUACAUUCACGGUUUAUUUCAUGUUGCUAUACUUUGCAUGCUUUGCACCGACUUGCACGCCUUACAAAACACCCUUCGCUCAUACGUGAGGUUGUGCGUAUCAACGUUACAAAAUUGAACAAUGAGGAAGUUAAAGUGAUAAAGCUAUUUAUUGAGGACGUACGAGAAAAACAUAUAACUUUAAGGUCUAAAGCCUGGGGAUACGCCGAAAACUUUCAAGAAGUAAUUUUAGAACCCAAAACGCAUGUCCCAGCAGAUUGCAUCGAAAGAAUAGGUAUUGUUAAGGACAAUACUUUUACGAAAGACGAACAUAUAACACUAUAACUUUUAAUUAUAUUCUUUUAACAAAUGUAAUAUUUUGCGAGUAUUGUUAACAACUUGAAAUUAAUUGUAGAUGGGUGGUGGUUUAUUGUAAAGGAUUUUGACAUUAUACAUAGGUUUUAUUUUAAUUUGUUUGCUAGUUCAUGUUGAUAUGGAGAAAACAAGCAUUAUCAGCUGAUGUUGAUACGAGAUGGCGGUGGAAUCAUUGAGUUGUUAUAGUUUUUUGAAAUGACACUGAUUAUGUACACUUUAUAUAAAAAUCUUGUCAACUGAGAUGAGAUAAACAAGCAUAUUAAACAUUGUUAUAAUUCGAAUUAAAGCUUACUUUCACUUUA